CUAUUAAUACCUUUGUCCUGCUGACCUCUCCCCCAGAGAGGCAGCAAGCAAGGACAGGGUCUCCCUCCUCUUUUUGUGUCUGGGAGACACUGGACCUUGGGCAAGCUUGGAAAGGGGACAGGAGACAGGAAAGACGGAGCCUGCUCUGGCUUCCUGAGCCUAAGAACCAUAGGCACACCAAGGGAGAGUCCUCUCUAUGGAAGAUACAGUUCUGGGGGUACCAGAGUUUCUCUGUAUGAGAAGUGAGAACAUAAAAUUGGCAGGCUGGAACUGAACUGGCAGAGAGCCCAGGCUUAUGGGAUAAGCCAGGGCCAGAAGGAUAGAAGUGGGUACGUUAUGGAGUCCACCUCUCCACAAAGACGCAUUCAACCCAGAAGCCAACCUUUAAGGAGACUACAAACAUCUAGCGACAUGAUGCAGCGCAUGCAAGAAGCUUUGCGGGGAGACAUGAUGCGAGAAUUCUUGGCUGAAUUUAUGAGUACAUAUAUCAUGAUGGUGUUUGGUUUGGGGUCCGUGGCCCAGAACGUUCUGGGAGAGAAUGCUUAUGGGACGUACCUCAGCAUCAACUUGGGAUUUGGCUUUGGUGUUACCAUGGGGGUCCAUGUGGCUGGGGGAAUCUCUGGUGCCCACAUGAACAGUGCUGUUACCUUUACAAGCUGUGUCCUGGGUCAAAUGCCCUGGAAGAAGUUUCCUGUCUACACACUGGGACAGUGCUUUGGGUCCUUCUUAGCAUCAGCUACCAUAUAUGGCCUCUUCUAUCAGGCACUCAUACGGUACACAGAUGGGAACCUGACAGUAACUGGACCCCGGGCAACUGCGGGCAUCUUUGCUACUUACCCUGCUUCUCACAUGACUCUGUGGAGGGGAUUCAUAGAUGAGAUAUUCAUAACUGGGGUACUCCAGUUAUGCCUGUUGGCUAUCUCUGACAAGAAGAACAGUCCAGCUCUUCAAGGGACUCAGGCGUUAGUCGUUGGCGUCCUCGUGAUCACCAUUGGCUUGUCAUUGGGCAUGAACACAGGUUACGCCAUCAACCCAUCCAGGGACCUGCCCCCCAGGAUCUUCACGAGCAUAGCAGGCUGGGGCAAUGAAGUCUUCACCGCGGGGGAGAGCUGGUGGUGGGUCCCUGUGGUUGCCCCACCGUUAGGGGCCCUCAUGGGAGCCAUUGCCUACCUAAUCUUCAUUGGAUCCAGCCACCCUCCUUCGGAGCGAAAUGUGGAGUUGGUCAUGCCUAAGUCUCGAGUCCUGCAGCCCCUGAAGCAGAAGGUGGUGGUACCCUCGCCCCAUCAUCCACCUAUUUCUUCCCUGUCCUCUCACUCAAGCAUGGAGUCAGUCCCAUCUCCUCCUGGUCCUCUCCCUCCCCCAUCCCCUUUACCCCUUAAGACUAUUUCUCACAAAAUGGAUGUGGAAGGUGAGAGCACAGUUAUGUGGCGAGGAGAAAAAUAAAGUCAUCCCAAAGAAGCUUCUUUUCCUUGAGUUGUUGGGCUGGGAUUCUCCAGAAAGAGCUGGUCCCAAAAACUUCUUUCUUUUUUUCUGCAUCCUUCAGUCCCUUUCAG